AUGUCUAUACAAGAAACGACUUCGUUAUGGUGGACUACUCACCAACAUCAACAACAAAGACAAGAGAAGACGAAGAGUCAUCAACAAGAAGAAGAAGGUGAGUUAGAAGACGACGUCGUUUUAGAGUCAAUGAUGAAACUGAAAACGGCUUCAACGUCGGUGUCCGCGUCGGUGUCGGUAUUGGAAGAAGAGAAAGAAGCUAUGUUUGAGAAACCGUUAACACCAAGCGACGUUGGGAAGCUGAACCGUCUCGUGAUACCGAAGCAACACGCGGAGAGAUAUUUCCCACUCGACUCAGAGGAAACGAAGGGACUUCUACUGAGUUUCGACGACGAGUCAGGGAAGUGUUGGAGGUUCCGUUAUUCGUACUGGAACAGUAGCCAGAGUUACGUUCUUACCAAAGGUUGGAGUCGUUAUGUGAAAGAUAAACGUCUUGAUGCCGGCGACGUCGUUUUGUUUCACAGACACCGUACACAUCCUCACCGCUUUUUUAUCUCUUGGAGGCGCCGCCAUGCUAGUACGGACGGGAAUGGUGCUGUUGUUCCUGUUGGGUGGUCCAGAGGGCUCUAUCCUGCGCAUCAUCCUUAUCCUACGCAUCAUCACCCUUUCUCAUACCAUACCGCAGGCGAAGGGUCCCAAAGUCAGAACACAAACGCACCUUGUGGAAACAAUUCGAGUACUUCCAGGGUGCUGAGGCUGUUUGGAGUGAACAUGGAAUGCCAACCUGAUAAUAAUAUUAGUGAUUCCGAAGCAGCAGAAUGCUCUUAUAAUAUGUCACAAGGAUCACAAUUCUACCACCACCUCCACCGUCAACCACCGUCAAACACUCACCAUCACAUGCUACGUCAACAACAACCAUAG